AUGGAUACAACACGCCCCGCUCCCUGGCCACAGGCCACUAAUGAACUUCUUCCAAACACACUGUUCAAACUCGCGGCUCAAUAUCCUUCCGCGACGUACGCAGAGUUUCCGGUGAAUCCGCACAAGAUCGAGGAUGGAUAUCGUAAGAUCACGUUUGCUGAAGUAGCAAAUGCUGUUUCUGCCUUCGCACGGUGGAUAGAAGAGAACAUCGGGAAGCUGCAAGAAGAGGAAAAAGAUGGAACACGAACUUUGGUAUACGGAGCUGAAGCACUGGUCAAAUUGAUUGAGAGUGUGGACGCAAAGGCCAUGCUGAAGUCUGAGAUUCCGAUACCAGUUGUCAAAGACGUUCUGUCAAUGAAGGAUAUGAAGACACUUCAGAUACCGAGUGUAGAGCAGCUACUCACCUCAAAAGCGGAGCCGUAUCCAUACGACAAGACCUAUCAACAAGAUUCUCGAGAACCUUUUGUUUGUCUCCAUACAUCCGGCACAACGGGCUUUCCCAAGCCCGUUCUCUGGACACACGAGUGGACGAACAGUGUGGCCCAAACCAUGUAUCUCACCGCACCACCAGGCUACAAACUAGACCAAGAGCUUCUCUACGGAUCAGCGAACGGGCGAGGAAUGCGAGGAAUGUUUCUCUUCCCACCUUUCCACGCCAGCGGCAUGAUCGGCAUGAUCCUCUUUCCACUGCAGCUCGGUGUAACACCAAUAUAUCCACCAACAUGGAUGACACCAGCUGCGGGUGUGGACAGUGCACUAGUCGCUCUAGAUAUCAUCGCCGCAAGAGAUGGAGGCGUCGGUGUCGAUUGCCUGACACUCGUGCCACCCUGUGUCGAGUAUUUAAGCAAGAGCCCAGAAGUCCUACAGAGACUCAGCCAGAGAACGCAACAAAUCGGCUGGGGUGGCGGCAGUGUGAGUAGUCAUGCGAGUGAGUUCGUUGCAGCGCAGGUGUCUGUGUUGAAUGUUAUGGCAUCAACCGAACUCGGCGUCUGGCCUAGUAUCCGUCGCAACGAUGCAAAUUCAUUGCAAUCUGCGUACUGGGAGUAUACGACACUUCAUCCCGCUCUCAACAUCCGCUUCGACCCUGUUUCUGCUUCCACGGACGGCGUCACUUUGUAUGAAGCUGUCAUGUAUCGCAACGACGGGAAGGAGCACGGCGGCUAUGUGCAACCCAUCUUCUCCAUAUUCCCAGACGCAAAAGAAAGGCGGCUUGGCGAUUUGUUUACAAAGCAUCCAGAAGAUUCGGAACGAUGGAAACACUACGGCCGGGCUGACGAUCUUCUUGUUUUCCUGACGAACGAGAAGUUCUUCCCUACAGCUGCAGAACAGAGGAUGGCAAGGCAUGCUUCAGUUGCGGAGGUAGCAAUGGUAGGGACGAGAAGGCCCAAAGCCUCGUUGAUUGUUAGGAUGGAAGACGGGAAGGAUGUGCAUGAGAUCUGGGACACGGUGGAGGAAGUGAACAAGAGCUCGCCAGUUUAUGCACGGGUGGGAAAGGAUAUGAUACUGGCUGUGAAAGAGCCGUUCCCAAAGACGGCCAAGGGAACAGUGCAGAAAAAGGCUUUGCUGGAUUUGUAUGAGAAGAAGCUGGACGCUUUGUACGGAAGUGUUAGUGCCUAG